AUGGCACCUGCUGGCCGGGGUGCUGUUGUGGUAGCGCUGUUAUUGCUGUAUUUGUGCCCAGCAGCCCUUUCCUCGGAGUUUUUUUCUACCUUGACGUUCUUCAACAGCGAGCUGCACAAGCAUGGCUGCAGCUCCCCAUCCGAGUGGGAGGAGUACGCGGCGGACUGUGCAGAGUCCUCCAUCCUCCAGCUGGAUGAUCCAGACUGCGAGGAAGGCGGGAAUCCGCCCUGCGAGUCAGUCUUCUCUCUUAACGCUGAGAAGAUUGUGAGCCAGGCAAAGUUGUUCAUUGAGCAGAAGCGGUUCCCUUUCCCUGUCGAUAAUUACAACACAAAUGAAGAGCUGGCAAUAGGUUAUGUGCUCAUUGCCAACGGCCUGUAUGACGAGGCCAUCAAGCACUUUUCCUUACUUUUACAGGCCGACCCAGAGUUGAUCAGUGCCAUCUACGGCAGGGGGAUAGCCUACGGAAAGAAGAGCCUGCAGGACAUUAAGAACGCAGACCUGGCCUUGUACGAGCUGAGCCGGGUGAUCGCCCUGAAACCGAGCCACCCGGAGGUGUACGAGCAGCGAGCCGAGAUCCUUUCUCCGCUGGGGCGGAUCAGCGAGGCUCUGAGUGACCUCUCCAAAGCCAUCCAGUUGCAGCCGUCGGCCCGCCUCUACAGACACAGGGGGACGCUGCUCUUCAUAUCCGAGGACUACGUUGCUGCCAUGGAGGACUUCCAGCAGUCUUUGGAGCUGAAGAAGAAUCAGCCCAUUGCCAUGCUCUACAAAGGCCUGACGUUCUUCCACAGAGGGAUGCUCAAGGAAGCCAUUGAGACGUUCAAAGAAGCGCUGACACUGAAAUCCAACUUCAUAGAUGCAUACAAAAGUCUUGGGCAGGCUUACAGAGAGCUAGGUGACUUUGAAGCUGCCAUGGAGAGCUUCCAGAAGGCUCUGCUGUUGGACCAGAACCACAUCCAGUCCCUACAGCUGCGGGGGAUGAUGCUGUAUCACCACGGCAGUCUCCAGGAAGCCAUCGGCAAUUUCAAGAGAUGUCUGCAGCUGGAGCCCUACAACGAGGUCUGCCAGUAUAUGAAGGGCUUGAGUCACGUUGCCAUGGGCCAGUUCUACGAAGGCAUCAAAGCCCAGACGAAGGUCAUGCUGAACGACCCGCUGCUAGGGCAGAAGGCUAGCUCUGAGUAUCUCAAAGUGAAAUACCUCCGAGAAUAUUCUCGCUAUUUGCACUCUCAUCUCGAUAUACCUGUGGCCGAGUAUAAUAUUGAUCAAGAUCUUCCAGGAAACUUCAAGAACCACUGGGCAAAAAGCCUACCUUUUCUCAUAGAAGACUACGAGGAGCAGCCGGGAUUGCAGCCGCACAUAAAGGAUGUUCUACCUCAGAACUUUGAAAGCUAUAACACUGAAGUUCAGAAGCUUGUUUGCACUGCUGAUCACCUGGGUGCCCUUAUGCAGUACAGCACUCCAGGGUUUCUUCCCAAUCGUAGAAUACAUAGAGCCAUGGGCUUGGCAACCAUAGAACUCAUGCAGGCUAUGCAGCGCACCUGGAGCAACUCAAAGGUGCGAGUCAACGGCAAGACCAGGCUCAUGCAGUGGAGGGACAUGUUCGACAUCGCUGUGAAAUGGAGGAGAAUCGCAGAUCCAGAUCAACCAGUUCUGUGGUUGGACCAGAUGCCAGCCAGAAGCCUUAGCAGAGGAUUCAACAACCAUAUCAACCUCAUUAGAGGUCAGAUUAUCAAUAUACGAUAUCUGCAUUACUUCGACAAAAUACUCAACUUCAUCAAAGACAGGAUACUGGUGUAUCAUGGGGCAUAUAAUCCCCGAGGACUACUUGAAGUUAGACAAGCACUGGAAAGUGUCAGUAAAGUGGAGGACCUCCUCCCUAUAAUGAAGCAGUUUAACAGUAAGACUAGAGACGGCUUCACAGUGAACUCCAAGGUGCCCAGUCUGAAAGACCCAGGGAAGGAGUAUGAUGGGUUCACUAUAACCAUCACUGGCGACAGGGUAGGCAACAUGCUAUUCUCUGUGGACUCCCAGACCACGGAGGACCGAACGCAGCAGUACCAGUCUGAGAUUGAGUCGCUCUACAAGGACUUGACCUCUAAGGGCAAGGCACUCAUGAUGUCCUCAGACCUCGCGGAUGCAGAUGCUGUGUGUAACUUGGUUCUGUAUCUGGUCUAUUACUUCUGUAACCUGAUGCCUCUCUCCAGAGGUUCCAGCGUUGUGGCAUACUCCGUUGUGAUGGGAGCACUGAUGGCCAGUGGCAAGGAGGUGAUAGGAAGAAUUCCUAAGGGAAAGCUGUUGGACUUUGAAGCCAUGACAACAUCAAGCGCUGACAGCUUCAGUAAAACAGCCAAGAGCUGGAUGAAUCUACAGAGUCUUCCAUCUUGGUACUACAGUCUUCCAUCGGUUGGUGAAACGUUUCCUACAAUCAGAACAAUGAUUGAGGUUUUGAACACGGACUCGACAUUACACUGUCCGAAGAAAUCCUAGCAGUGACCCCAAUGGAUGUGGACGUGGACGUGGAUAUUGGCCUGACCUCCUCCUCUGCCUUCUCUGCUUAUAUGCUUAUGGCACUCGGCAUCAGAACAAUCUUCAAAUCACCUUCUAACAAAAGCACAAUGAAUUCUCUAUCCUUAAGUUCAGUUUAUAAAUUAUCCUUGUCUGCUGCUCAUUUCUCGUGAUGUGAUGGACCCAAUGCUGUGAGAAGCUUUUUUUUAAAACAUUAUAAUUUAAGAAAUUGAAUGAUGUUAUUCCUGAAUGACUAUACAGGACAUAUUAUAAUAGCGGUGUCCUGCUUGUUAAUUUAUAAUAUUUCCUGAACUGGUAUUAAUUCCA